AUGGAUCUUGGAGGAGGCAAUGGUAGUGGAGGUUUUCAUGGCUACCGUAGGUUCCCACAAACAACUUCCGUGGAUGGCAUUGCCACACUCAACCAAGCCAUUCCCACAACCAACCACCACAACAACAAUAACAACGCCUCAGUCCCAGAUGAUUCUGAAUGCACCGUUCGUGAGCAAGACCGUUUCAUGCCAAUAGCAAACGUGAUUCGAAUCAUGCGAAAAACCCUACCUCCACAUGCCAAGAUAUCGGAUGACGCGAAAGAGACCAUCCAGGAAUGCGUGUCCGAGUUCAUUAGCUUUGUCACCGGGGAAGCCAACGACCGUUGCCAGCGCGAGCAACGCAAGACUAUCACGGCCGAGGACGUGCUCUGGGCCAUGAGCAAGCUAGGGUUCGAUGACUACAUCGAACCCCUCACUAUGCACCUGCACCGCUAUCGCGAGUGCGAUGGCGGUGAGCGCGGCUCCCUCAGGGGAGAGCCACUCAUGCUAAUGAAGUCGCGGGGUGUUAUGGUUGACCCCACGGCUUCAACUAGCAUUGCUAACAUGACACAUAUUAAUUAUCCCUUGCCACCUAAUUUCACAAUGGCUCAUCAUCAUCAUGGCUACUUUGCUUAUGCACACAUGAGUAAUGACAAUGCUGCUCCAAAUUCUAAGGCUAACCAUGAUGAGACAAAUAAUAAUGUUGAAUCAUUUGGAGAGCAUAAGGAGUAA